GUUCCGAAUGAGACGCAUCCCUCCCUCCGCUGUUCUGAUCCUCUUAUCAACGAGUAAGCGGCCAAGAUGGAUGUUGCGAACCAGCUGGUGGCCCAAGGGCAGUUCACAAUACUUAAACAACCUCUGGGGUUCAUUAAAGUUCUACAGUGGAUCUUUGCGAUCUUCGCCUUCUCCACAUGUGGCAGCUACUCUGGCAUGCUCAAGUUUAGUGUGGAGUGUAAAAACCGAUCAGAGAGUGACCUUGGCAUAGAAGUAGAAUUCGAAUAUCCAUUCAGGCUCCAUCAGGUUUACUUUGAUGCGCCCACCUGUAAGGGAGGGAGCAAGGACCGUCUGUUCCUAGUCGGAGACUACUCCUCCUCAGCCGAGUUCUUUGUAACGAUCGGGGUCUUCUCCUUCCUCUACUCCAUGGCAGCCCUUGCUGUAUAUUGUUUCAUGUUGGAGAAGUACCGUGAAAACAACAAAGGACCCCGGAUUCUAGAAUUACACAAUGCUUAA